CCCUCGCCGCCCGCCCGCCGCGCACGCAGCCGGCGCCCCGCGCCUGCCGCCGCCGAGCGAGGCCGGGCUGGGCUUGGAGCUGCUCAUGGAGAAAGUGCCGGGCGAGAUGGAGAUUGAGCGCCGGGAGCGGAGCGAGGAGCUGUCCGAGGCGGAGAGGAAGGCGGUGCAGGCUACGUGGGCCCGGGUGUAUGCCAACUGCGAGGACGUGGGGGUGGCCAUCCUGGUGAGGCUUUUUGUGAACUUUCCCUCGGCCAAGCAUUACUUCAGCCAGUUCAAACACAUGGAGGAGCCACUGGAAAUGGAGCGAAGCCCCCAGCUGCGGAAGCACGCCUGCCGGGUUGUAGGGGCCCUCAACACCGUGGUGGAGAACCUGCACGACCCCGACAAGGUAUCCUCCGUGCUGGCUCUCGUGGGCAAAGCCCAUGCCCUGAAGCACAAGGUGGAGCCCAUGUACUUCAAGAUCAUCUCUGGAGUCAUUCUGGAGGUGAUCGCUGAGGAGUGUGCCAAUGACUUCCCGCCAGAGGCACAGAGAGCCUGGGCCAAGCUUUGUGGUCUCAUCUACAGCCACGUGACUGCUGCCUACAAGGAAGUGGGCUGGGUACAGCAGGUCCCCAACACCACCACCCCACCCACCACGCUGCCCUCUUCAGGGCCAUAGGACCCUCCCAGCUCCCCCUCCCUGGCAGCACCUUGAGCAGAAGGCUGAGUUCUGAAGACCCUCCUUGACCCUUCCUUUCUGGGUGCCAAGGAAGCUGGAAGAACCCCGACUCGCCUUCCCCGAAGGAGACCUCUGCCUCGGCCGCAGUCCCCUGAGCUGCCAGGAGAUGGCGCGCUGGCUGCCUGGAAGCCGAGCCCAGCGCAGCAGGGCGGGCGGGGACCCUUCCACCUUGCAGAGCGGGGCCCACUCUUAGCUUUUCUACUCGCUGUUAGAGGAGGACCUAGCUGAGCGGCUGGCGCGAAACGGGUACAGGUCUGUGAGUCAUUCGGGAAUGAACCAGCCCCGUUUCAUCGUGCCGACCAGCAUGCAGGUCUGCACCUCACCAUCUAGAGUAUCACGCACACGUGUCUACCAUAUACUAUACAGAUAUAUUCUCUAUACAAUCUCUAUGAAUAUGAAUAUAUAUAUAUAUAUGCACACAUACAUAUCUACCAUGUGUGUCUGCAGCCUGGGGCCCUCGCCCCACCCGCCCAUUGUGAGGCUCGAGGGUCCUGGUCGCACUCGGGCGGAGUUCCGGAGCAGGUGGAGUCCACAGCAGCACAAAGGAUCAGGCCUGGGGUGACCCAGCUUGCCAGCUCCCCACAUCCCCCCUUUCCACUUCUGGGAAAACAGGACUCGGCUCCCUCAAGGCAGGGAUUUGACUCACGGACUUGCCCUAGAAUUGGCAAGGCCCGGGGCAGACGGGCCCAGAAUUUCCCCAUGGGUGACCAACCUGGAGGGCCAGCCCUGGCACAGGGCCACAGGGCCUCCCCUGGCUCUCCCUGACCUCCCCCUGGCUGCCAGUUGGUCCUGUCCACCCACCUGUGUCAGCCUCAUCAGCGACCCGUAUGUGCCCCUUGGUCACAGGUAUCAUCCCGAAGGAUGUUCUGCUGCUGUGACUACUGUGCCUGCGUCCCCUCCUGUCUAUCCUCACGCUGUCACCGUGUAACUGCCUGUCCUUCUUUUGUAGUUUCUGAUGUUUGUAACCAGACCCAUCUGUGUCAUUAAACAGACCCGUUCUUCCUG